GGGUGUCAGUUUUCUCCCCUUGCCUCUUGAAACUUGGUGCACUGGCUGGUUGCCCAAUGUGGUGCUGCAUACAAAUAUUGACAGAACACAGCGGUGUUUGUUAAACCCCGGGCUGGGGAAGCUGGUGAUUAAAGCUCUUGAAGGAAGAUCCGAGAACCCCAGGAACGCUCAUCAAUAGCCUUAGAACAUUGACCGAAUGAAAGAGAAAGCACUGAGUGGGCUAACGUGAAACACUCACCGUCCCUGUCUGCUAUGCCUUUUCGUGACCCUGGAAACAGAAGGGGAAUUCUUAUAAAUCACAAAGGAAAAUAAAUAACUUCACCCAUGGAGGGAAAGAGACAGCUUGAGAAAAGGGACUUUGGAAAAAGGUUGUCUCUAGACAGCAGUCUUGUGGAAUACAUGGACUCCAAUAAAUACAUUGAGCAUCUUCUAACUCAGCUCGAGGAACAACACAGAAAUCUAUGGAGGGAGAAAUUGGCUGUGGCCCGGCUGCAGCGAGAAGUUGCCCAGAGAGGAAGUGAGGGGGCCAUGCAUGAGAAGCUGAUGCAUGAAUUGGAAGAGGAGAGACACUUACGUCUUCAGAGUGAGAAGCGGUUGCAGGAGGUGACACUGGAGUCUGAGCGCAACAGAAUUCAGAUGCGUGGCCUCCAGCAGCAGUUCUCCAGGAUGGAAGAAACAGUACGAAAUCUACUGAAGAGCCAAGGACCUCCAGAGCAGAAAAAAGAAGAAACUGUUAAUAUAAUGGUCUAUCAGGAAAAGCUGUCAGAGGAAGAGAGAAAACACAAGGAAGCUUUGGAAGGUCUUCACGUGGUGGUGGAUGAGGAUUCGAGGAGCGAAAGCAGCAGUGCGGAUGAGGGGAAAGAAAACACCAAAUUCCUGUUGGAAAGAUUGAAAGCUCUAGAGGCAGAGAACUCAGCAUUGGCUUUGGAAAAUGAAAAUCAAAGGGAACAGUAUGAGCGAUGUCUUGACGAGGUAGCCAACCAAGUUGUUCAAGCUCUGCUCACUCAAAAGGAUCUAAGGGAGGAAUGUGUAAAGUUGAAAACAAGAGUGUUUGAUUUGGAACAACAGAAUCGAACGUUAAGCAUCCUGUUCCAACAGCGAAUCAGACCAACUUCUGAUCUGCUCCUCCAGAAACUUCACUCACGUAUCUUAGAUCUUUCAUCCGGAGAUUUGCUUUCAGACAUGGAAAGAAGCCGAAGUCUGACGCAGUCACGGACUGAUGUUGAGAUGCAUGAAUGUCAGCUGAGUGCAAAAUCAGGAGUCCCUGCUUUGAAAUGCCCUGGUUUGGGGAUUGUCAUCCCUGGUCGUCUCUGUCCUCGAAACAGCUGCAGCAGCAGUGAGCUGUCUCUUUCAAGCACAUGCAGCGAGUACUCCAGUGGCUCCUCCCACACGUGGCACGACGGGAAGAACCUCAGGAAAAGGAAAUCAUCACAAAACUGGGAUAAAAGGCUAAGUAUUGACUCUUCACUCCCGAGUGGCUUUGCUAGUCCUACAGAUGAACUACCUCCAGCUCGUAUCAAGGAAAGUCACAUUUUGGAAGGACUGAGAAAGCUACAGAAACGUAAAGUGCUACUUGAACCCCCAUCGGUGAUAACCAAAUGGGGUUAUAAAGAUUGCAUGAACUCCAAUGAAGGGAUAUAUUCUCCAGGAAUUAAGAGCAGCAGCCUCAAGGACUAUCCCCCCUGCAAACCAGCUGACAGGAGGAGCCCCUGCAAGGAGCCCCAUGAGACAUUUGUUUAUGACACAGAUUCCCACGAUGAUGCUGACGAGGACUCUUCCUCCUUACCCUUGCUCCAGGCAGUUCCAAGCCAGGGCUGCAGGCUGCUGAGUCGUAAAUUAACCCACAGUGUUUCUGACAGCCUAUUUGGCUGGGAGCCGAAUAGAAAACACUUUUCAGAAGGCACAUCCUCAGUUUACCCAAGGGAAAGGCCUGAAAAGCUGGCCAGUUGUGCCAGCAACUGCCCCUUGGAGAGGAAGCUGUGCCCGCAUGCACAGAUGUCUCAGGUACGGAGAGAGAGGGAGCCGUGCGACCCUGGUUCUGGCCAUGUGGCUCUCAGUCUCCAGCUUUCGGACACCGAUGACAAUGAAGCCCUUGACGAGUUGCACAUAGGUAGCAGUGACGAGAAAAGCCCUUCAGACUUGUCACUGACUGCCGACACUGACAAGUCUAUGGAGAAUCUGGACAUCCUCAUGGGAUUUGGAAAAUCUCAACUUGGGUCUCCCGAAGAGGAGGAAAAACAAGUACCCAUCCCCUUAGAGAGUCGGCCAAAGACAUUUAGCUUCAUUAAGCAGCAGAGGGUUGUAAAAAGGACUUCUUCAGAAGAAUGCAUUACUGUCAUCUUUGAUGCUGAAGACGGCGAGCCCAUUGAAUUCAGCUCUCACCAGACAGGCAUUGUCACCGUUACCAGAAAUGAGAUUUCCAUCAACCAAGCCCCUACUGGACCCAAGGCAGAACACACUGAACUUUCACCUCAGGGAAUUGCUCAUUUACAGCCGGGAGCUGCUGCAAGAGACUACACUUUCCUAAAGAGACCUGAAGAGGAAACCAAGAAAAACAUUCCAAAAAGUGACAUAGAUAACAUUGCGGUGGCCCGCAAUGGUUCCUUCAGCCCCAGGACAGUAACACAAAGUCCUCAGCGACAAAGACCAGGCAAACCAGCAUUGAAUUUGUCAUGCCAGAGUAGUUCUAGGUCUUCGGUGUCCAUGGGUAUCUAUCAAAAGCAGAGUCUGACAAAAGUCCCUGCCAGGGGCAAGGCUUCACCUCAGAAGUCAAAAAUAAUGGAGCCUGAAGCCUCAGCAAGAGUCCCCUCCUCUGGCCCCGUGUCUCUUAAAAAAUCUCCAGCCUUAGCUCCUGGGAAACUCUCCCGAUUUAAAAAGACUGAGGGCCCAGCACCCCUUUUUGAUUUACAUAUGGAUUCACACAUUCCAAAACACCCCAGCCAACUGCCUCAUGACUCCAAAAUGUCCAGCAGAAAAGACUGGGUCCCAUGCUCCAAGAGUCAGGUUCCAGCGUCACAGUUGCUGCCAAGGUCCCUCACUGAGCCUAGUGAUAAUGGAGAAUCCCUGACGAGGGAAAAACACUGUGACUCUGGGCCAGAGGCAGGGGUGAAGUCACCUUCCCCCCCACCCCGUCCAGACAGGUCAGGCUCCCUUCUCGUCAGGCCCAGUUACGACUAUCUGCCACCACCCUCAUCAGCCAAGCCUGAAACCAGGGUCCCCAGUGAAGCAGCAAGGACUAUGUACAAAUCCCCCCCUCUGAAAGGACCCUCUGCUCCUAUUAUUUCUUCUAAUCAGAUCCUGGCAGAAGUGCCGGGGAAGAAACCUUCUGUGGCCUUCAGAAAGCCUGUCUUCACUCACCCUCCACCCUCCACAGAAACAGUGAUUCAAACCAGAUGUUCUGCACAUACCCCCUCCAGCUCCUUUGCUGUGAUGGCCCCAGGGCCCCCAAAGGUCUCCCCAAAGAGAGGUGUCCCCAAAACUCCACCUCACCAAAUGCUUGGGACCACACAAAUGGACACUGGGUUACGGACUCCCAAGAAUUGCCCUUCAGCUCAUGAGCCACUGGAAAUCCUGUCCUCCAAAAGUGUGUCUCCAGGAAGAAAAGGACAGCUGAAUGACUGUGUUCCCACAUCAGCUAAGCCUUCUUUCUUAGGGGUGAAUGAGGCACCAUCAUCUCAGGUUAGCAGUCACUCAUCAUCACCGUCUUCCAAAAGCCAUAACACCCCAUAUGGUUGUCCAAACGCUCAUGAGAAAGGUCUGAAAACUCGCCUCCCAGUUGGGCUCAAGGUUCUCAUGAAGUCUCCCCAGUUACUCAGGAAAAGUUCCACGGUGCCAGGGAAACAUGAAAAAGACAGUCUGAAUGAAGCCUCUAAAAGUUCUGUGGGUGGGAGCAAGUCUAAGCCGGAGGACGCGGGGAAUCCAGUGAGCCUGGAGACCAUAAGGGAUGAACGAAAUGUGACUCCACUGGGUUUUCAGGCACAAGACAGGCUGCCUGAAGGGAUUCCCCUGGAUACAGCAAUGCCAGAGUCAUUAGAAAACAGCGUCCCUGGGGCUGAUGGAAAAGAUGGGGUAGAAAACAAGUCCGUGAAAAGAUCCCUCUCCUCCAGUAAGCCACACCUAAAACCAGCCCUAGGCAUGAAUGGGGCCAAAGCCCGCAGUCAGAGUUUCAGCACUUACUCAGGAGACAAGCCCCCUACACCCCCCAUGGAAGGGCCCGGCAAAGUUCGAACUCAGAUUAUCACCAACACUGCUGAGAGAGGCAAUUCCCUCACCCGGCAGAGUUCUUCCACGGAAGGCUUGCCUAAGACCCCUUCUUCCCCCAUGUAUGAUGGUCUUCCCGGUGCUGGGAGGCCUCUGGGACAUCCCUCCUCCAGGCAAGGCUCCCCCAGGAGUACAGGCAGCUCCAGCAGCCAGCAUGGGAGCCCAAGCAAGUUGCCUUUGAGAGUCCCUCCCAAAUCCGAAGAGCUCCCCACCCCAUGUGGAAUGGAAGAAGAGGAGGGUUACCCCGAGGGAGGGGGCCCCAGUGAGGCUGUCCCAGAGGAAACAAGCAGCGACCACUACAGAUAUCCACCCACCCCAACAGACUGCCGACAAGCCCUGCAGAAUCCUGGGAGGACACAGCAUCCGACCAAUUUUGAACCGAGCAGGACAUCCAAGCUAGAGAUUUCUGGAAGGUGUCCAGAUACUUCUACAACCAGGACUGGCGCUGUGAGCCCCGAAGCCCCCCUCUCACCUACAAUUGAAGAAAAGGUCAUGUUGUGCAUUCAGGAAAAUGUGGAAAAGGGCCAAGUGCAAACAAAGUCCCCCUCUGUGGAAGCAAAGCCAAAGCCCGGGCCUUCUUUUGCCAGCUGGUUUGGUUUUCGGAGUAGACUUCCAGCUCUCAGUAGCAGGAAAAUGGAUGUCUCCAAAACCAAAGUGGAAAAAAAAGAUACAAAAGGUUUGGGGUUUGGAAACAAACAACUAAAAUCAGAGAAGAAAAAAGAGAAAAAGAAGCCUGAGCUGCAGCGUAAAAUAGAAAAUGAAUUUACCAGGAAUACCAAGGUGGCGGAGAGUCCAGACAGUAGUUUACGAAGCAAAAAUGAUCUGAAAACACCGCAAGGCAUUUAUGACCAAAUGAAGUUUGAACCAAGAAAUAGACCCAGUCCUGUUACAUGUUCUAAUAAAGAUACGUUUAUGACGGAACUUUUGAACAGAGUUGAUAAGAAAGCAGCUCAACAGACAGAAAGUGGAUCAAAUAAUGUUUCCUGCAGGAGUGUGUUAAAGGGCAUCUCCCAGGGCUCCUGUCUCACCAGCAGCUCUGCAAGCACUCAAGGAAACCACAAGAAAAACAUCAAAACCAAGGCCGAUGUGGAAAUACUGAAAGGCUCCCUGAUAAAAGAAGCAAGUGUGAGCCUGCAGGAGGAUGAAGAUACAGUUGCAGAUUCCACAUUUCAGAGCCACAUCAUAGAAUCCAACUGCCUGAUGAGGACGCUGGACAGUGGGAUUGGAACCUUCCCACUCCCAGACUCGGGAAAUCGCUCCACAGGGCGGUACCUGUGCCACCCAGACUUCCCAGAGGACACCGAGCCCAUCCUGUCUCUCCAGCCAGCACUCUGUGCCGCUUCUUCCAUCAGAGCUCAAACCCUUGAACGAGAAGUGCCUUCCUCUGCAGACAGCCAGGCCUCUGCAGAUAAUGCCAUUGUUCAUUCCACAUCCGACCCCAUCAUGACCGCCAGGGCCAUACGGCCUCUUGAGAGUCACCUCCCCAAACCAGCUUCCUCAGGAAAAGUCAAUUCCCAAAAGCAGAAUGAAGCAGAGCCAAGGCCUCAAACCUGCUCGUCAUUUGAAUAUACCGAAAACACCAUUACAAGCGAGCAGCUUCCAGACUGGGGGGGUGAAGGCCCCACGGCUGAGACCCAGGACAAGGUACCCAGAAUGUGUGCGUACUCUGCCAGUGCUGGCAGUGCUAGUGACAGUGACCUGGACUAUGGAGAUAAUGGUUUUGGAGCUGGAAGGGACAAGUUAGUGAAAGCAAUGAAGAGCGCCACCCAAGGCCUUUCUUAUAAUCGACUGAGGAAACAAAGCAACAAGCAUGAGACUGGAAAACAUGGCGCACUAUUUAUGUCCGACACAGUGGGUCUUUCAGUGAAAUUGAAACAAGUUGAAGAAACAAAAGAAGAUCCUGAGAAUAGAUUAUCUAAAAUUUCCCUGGAGUCAUUCAAUAAAUAUAACAGCAAAACUAUGAUUUUGUUAGAAAGAGAGAAGAACUCUCUGAACAAGGUUGAAGGACAGAAGGAAGAAAAAGAAAAAAAUGAAGAAGCAUCUUUGAGUAGCUCAGAUAGGCCUGGGGUAGACAAUUUGGAAUCACUGAGUGAUUCUUUAUAUGAUAGCUUCUCUUCCUGUGCAAGUCAGGGUUCGAAUGAUGUAUAAAGGACCUUUUUUAAUUUUUUAUUUUUCUUAGUGAGCGGAAAAUGGAGCACUUAAGCAACAAGGGGGUGUGGGGAGGGGAAUAGAGACAGCAGCAGUAAAGCCUGGCAACACCAGAGACUGCAUUGUCAGAUUCACAGCAAGCAGCCCAUGGGAGCUUCCUUCUCUGACAGGGCAAUAAAGAUAGGCUCCAUUUGUUGUGUGUCACGAGGAUGAAAUGUAAACACACCCACAAUACAGAAGUCUUAAUUUUGCACUUUUUUUGAAUACUUGUACAGAAGUUGUAAAUUUUUGGAAAAGAAAUUAUAUUUGUAGCCAAAAAAAAAAAAAGGCAGCAAUAAAUUGAAUCCGUGCCAUGCUCUUGAAAUGACGUACUAAGUGUUAGAAGUUGAUAAUAUAUUUUUUAAAAAUUCCAGCUAAGGUGUCCUUUGACUUCACUAUCCUAGUAGUCAAAUUGUUUGUGGGUUCACCCUGUAAAGCUAAAAUGGCCCCGCCAAAAACCAGGGGGUUCCUGGUCAUCUCUAACUCACAAUCUCAAAGUGAUAGGAACAUUAAUACCAGUGCAAUUUCACAAUUGUUGCCAGAGAGAUUCGAGUCCAGUAGUAAGCGUAAUUCUGCUUCCAUUGAAAAAUGUAACAGGUACUCAAAGGGUGACACUGAUGUGAAGGGAAGUGGAUCAGAAGUGACCUAAUUCUAUUUUCAACAGCAGGUUUUCCCUCCAAACAUUUCCUUACAUCCUCUUCUCCUUAGUGCUUCUUUAUGAUUGUUAACCAUAUUUGUUGAUAUUUUUUAUCUUCCUGCUCUAUUAAAAUCUGGGUAAUCUAGAAAUGAAACCAAAUUCUUAUCUGUAACUUUCACUUUUUAAAAAGUAAAAUGAAUGGUUGGUGCUACAAAAAAAUUCAUACUUUUCAAGAUACCU